CACAGUAGAAUAUGGCGGCGAUUUAUGACGUCAUAUAUUUCGUUAAGGUACUGCGGCAGUAUACUGGCAGUCCAUAACGGAACGAAUUUUUCUACGGUGAUAGCACUGUGCAAUGGUCGCAGAGCAUAUCGGAACAUACCCAAAGUCGACGAAGUAUCCGGCUAAGUUUGAAAACGAACAGUUGCUUAAAACUUUGAGUUUAGUGUACCUAUUUCGGCUAUCUCCGUUUUAUACAGGAUUAAAGCUAUCCUCUGUCAAUCUAUCAAUCACUGCACGUUUAAUACAAUCGCUUUUUUCUUAGACUUAGUUGACAUUGACAUAAAGUAUACAGUUGAAAUGAAAGAAAAUUUAUUAGAAAAAUUAUAAAUUGCAUUUCUUAUUACGCAAUGUUAAAGGUUUCGUGCAAUUCCUUGAUCAUGGAAUAUUAAACAUAUUAUAUAACCACAAUAAUGUUCUUAAUAAGGAGACAACUUGUUUUACCGAAAUGUCUAAAGAUUUUGAGGUUAGCUCUAAGGGACUACAGCAGUUUGCCGGACUUAAAAAAUCUAAAUGUAGUACGAACAGUUGAAAAAGUCAUCGAUAAUAACACAAGUAUUUUUAUUGAAAGCCCUAUUCACGUGAAAGUUCAGCCUAUUGACGUAGAUGACCUGAAGGCUCAUAACAAACUCACUAUGACAUUGUACAGUAAAGGUAAAGAAACAAGUGAUUUCCAAGUUAAACAGACAACUAAAAGAUUAGAAUUUUUAAACAAAAACACAGCACCUGAUAGUCAUGAUGUAUGUCUGAUUAAUGUUCCAUAUAAAUUGAAGGUACAAGUUGUAGCCACAGAGGAUGCCUCAGUGCAAUUGUCCAAAUUGGAGGCAGAAGAGUUCCUGGUAAAGACCCAAAAAGGUGCUGUUAAAGUGGCUGACUUGAAGGCGGAUAAUAUACAAAUAGAAAGUGGUUCAGGGAUAAUAGAAACAGAAGGGAGACUGCAAGCAAGUAAUAUUGAAUUAAAAACAGGCUUUGACGGGAGUGUGAAAUGCAAUAAUAUAAUGUCUAAUACAUUUCUUGUAGCAACACAUGCUGGGCCCAUAUCUGUCAAAUCCUGUUACAGUGAUAAAUCACUUUUUACAACUCUGAAAGGGAAUAUAACAUUGGAACAUUUGCACAGAAUUGUUAAAAUUGAAAUAAUACAAAAAGGCAAUUUGCACAUACAAGGUUUCUCAGGGAACCUCCAAGCAACCUUAAAGAGUGGCGAAGUGUUCAUGCAUGCCUCACGAUUGACGGAUAAAAGUAGUAUAUUUAUUCAUGAGAAGGGAAAAGUUGAGUUCUUGAUGCCGGACAUAGUUAAGAAUCUGCCAGCAACAAACCUCAUAGCUGAUAAAAUAAAAGUUGAUAAGAAUAUUCUAAAACUAGGCCGUUUUAUGGAUGAUUCACAUCCAAAAAGGUUUAGAUAUGAGAAGGAACACUCGGACGAGUUACACAUAGUUUGUAAGAAUGGCUCUAUUGAUUUGAAAGAGACAGAUCUACCAUUUAUUAUAUAACAAUGCAACUAUAUUUCUUUGUUCUGUAAUAUUUAUCUAUCGUUAUAUAAAUAAUGUGUGUAGGAAAACUAUAUCUUUGAACAAAACUGCCACACUGUAUAUGUCAAUUUAU